GGGACUUGAGCUGUGACUUUGGAGCCAUGCAGAAACCUGGGGCAGGGGCCCGGAGGGCAUCCGACUGUGGACCUGCUGCUUUCCGGCCCCGCUGCAUCACCAAGUUUGCACAGUACGUGGGAUCCUUCCCUGUGCAUGACCUGGGCACGCAGGAGAGCGUGUGGCAGAUGCAGCAGCAGCUGUGGGAGCUGAAGGACUGUCCCCGGCGCCGGGCUGUCAUCCUGAAAUUCAGCCUUCAGGGCCUCAAGGUCUACAGCGGGGAGGGUGAGGUGCUCUUGAUGGCUCAUGCCCUUCGGCGCAUCCUCUUCUCCACCUGGUGCCCAGCAGACUGCCAGUUUGCCUUCCUGGCCCGGAACCCCCGGAAUCCUCCCAGCAGACUCUUCUGCCACCUCUUUGUGGGCAGCCAGCCUGGAGAGGUCCAGAUCCUACACCUGCUGCUCUGCCGCUCCUUCCAGCUCGCCCACCUCUUGCAGCACCCUGAAGACCGGGCACAUUCGGAGGCUUCCCCGGGCCCUGUUGGGGAGGCGCCUCUGAAGCCACUGUCCAGCCCUGAGGGCCCUCCUGGUCUCAUUCGGGAACCCUUUGGCCGGGACCAGCUCUCACAGAAUGUUCAUGCACUGGUCUCCUUCCGAAGGCUGCCAGCAGAAGGGCCUGUGGGCAGUGGGAAGGAACUGUCAGAGUUAGAAGGCCGAGGAGCCACCCGCCACGCCCGCCUGGGGAACCCCUACUGCUCUCCCACGCUGGUGAGGAAGAAGGCCAUUAGGACCAAGGUGAUCCGCUCAGGCGCCUACCGCGGCUGCACUUACGAGACUCAGCUGCAGCUGUCUGCUCGGGAAGCCUUUCCUGCAGCAUGGGACGCAUGGCCUCGAGGAUCCAGUGGGCCCUCAGGCCUGGUGGAGACAGAGGGCAGCCUGACGGAGAACAUCUGGGCCUUUGCAGGCCUCUCCAGGCGCAGUGCCCUCACCCUGCUGCGGAGAGAUGUGUUUGGGGCCUUUCUGCUGUGGCCGGAGCCUGGUGCCAAUGGCCAGUGGUGCCUGUCUGUGCGAACUCAGUGUGGGGUGGUCUCUCACCAGGUCUUCCGGAACAACCUGGGCCGCUACUGUGUGGAGCACCUGCCGGCUGAAUUCCCCAGCCUGGAGGCGCUGGUGGAGCACCACGCAGGCACUGAACGUAGCCUCUUCUGUUCCCUGGACAUGGGCCGCCUGAACCCUGGCUAUGAAGAACAAGACUGCGGACCUUCAGGCAGGCCUUCCCGGACACUCCGACCCCUUGGCCAUGCCAAGUCUGAAGCAGAACUGCAGGGCCUGGGCUAAAAAGCCAAGCUCUGUGCCCACAGACCCAUCACCCUGGCUCCAGGGUCAUCAGGCUGCCCUGACCUUCCUCCACCUUGCUGAUCACCUUUCCCUGUCAGUGUGCCACUUGGAUCUGUCAUCCAUCCAUCACUUCUCUGCCUGCAAGGGCAGCUCUGAGAUCAGGGUUUGCCUUCGCUUCUCACAUGUAUGGCCUGCCAGCACCUUUAUGAGUGACUGGGCCACUUGGCACGAUGUCACUUCUGGGCGGCAUUGAGUUUCUGCAUGGAAGCUUCUGGAGGUUUAGUCAUGGGGAGGUAUGGCCCAUCCUGAGGUAACCAGACCUGGGAAUCUUUAGAGCAUUUCUGAUGGAGCAGCCAGACCUAUGGAUUUUGGGAGGCUGGAGAGAGGGCUCCCUUUGGGCAAAGGGACAGUGUUCUCCAGGAGAAAAGUACGAGAGCUCAUAAACAAGCAUGGCCACUGAGGUAUGAUAUCCAGACUGCUGGAUAGAAAACAACCUAUUUCUCCUGUCUGCUAAGGUUAAAGGAGUGUCACUGAGAGACAAGAAGAACAGAGCCAUGGUGCCGAAAGCCCAUGGCAGGUGAAAGCCAGAGAACGAAGAGGGACUCAACCUCAUUUCCUCAUUCCCUCACUUACUCCCCCUGUGUAACCCCAGGACCAACCACACACAUUCUGUCAGCAUACUCUCCCUUUGGGAUUGCCUGGGAAAUCUGACAUUGGCGUUUUCUUGGGACAAGGUGGCAUUGAUUGUAGCCAUCAGGGCCCACAU